ACCAUGAAAUAUGCAAAUAAGCUGAAAGAGAAGAGUUUCUCUUUGUUGAAUUUUAUGUUGUAAGAGGCCUUAAAGAAUGCGAUCCAGAAGCAGUGUCACAGAGGGCUCAGCCCCAAAGCAAUUUCCAAGACAUAGUAAAGACCGCAGGUUCCAAGGGUCUGAGGACAUGAAGCAGAGACAGCAAGACAAAGACCCCACCAGUGAGUCAGAUGCAAUCCUUCCCUGUCCUAAGCCACACAGUGGUAAUGGUCACCAAGGAGAGGACCUCUCAAGAGACGACUUAUUAUUUCUUCUGAGCAUUUUGGAGGGAGAACUGCAGGCUAGAGAUGAAGUCAUCAGCAUUUUAAAGGCUGAAAAAAUGGACUUGGCUUUGCUGGAAGCUCAGUAUGGGUUUGUCACUCCAAAAAAGGUGUUAGAGGCUCUCCAGCGAGAUGCUUUUCAAGCAAAAUCUGCCCCUUGGCAGGAGGACAUCUAUGAGAAACCAAUGAAUGAGCUGGACAAAGUCGUGGAAAAACAUAAAGAAUCUCACAGACGAAUCCUGGAACAGCUUUUAAUGGUAGAAAAAUCUCAUAGGCAAACCAUACUGGAGUUAGAAGAAGAAAAGAGAAAACAUAAAGAAUACAUGGAGAAGAGUGAUGAGUUCAUAAGCUUACUAGAACAGGAAUGUGAAAGACUGAAGAGGCUGACGGACCGGGAAACAAGGACCCAGGAGGAGGAGGAGCGAGAAAGGGAGAAGAGGGUCGCUGCCCUGAAACAGGAGCUGAGCAAACUCAAGUCUUUUGCUUUGAUGGUAGUGGAUGAACAACAAAGGCUGACGGCACAGCUUGCCCUACACAGGCAGAAAGUCCAAGACCUAACCACAAGUGCAAAAGAAACUCAAGCUAAACUAGCCCUUGCUGAAGCCAGGGUCCAGGAGGAAGAGCAGAAGGCAGCCAGACUAGAGAAAGAACUGCAUGCGCAGACCACAAAGCUUCAUCAGAACCAAGAAGUAAUUAUGGCAAAGCUCACCAACGAGGACAGCCAGAAUCGCCAGCUUCGACAAAAGCUGGCGGCGCUCAGUCGGCAAAUUGAUGAGUUAGAAGAGACAAACAGAUCUCUACGAAAAGCAGAAGAAGAGCUACAAGAUAUCAAAGAAAAGAUCAACAUGGGGGAAUAUGGAAACUCUGGUAUAAUGGCUGAGGUGGAGGAGCUCAGGAAACGUGUGCUAGAAAUGGAAGGCAAGGAUGAAGAGCUCAUAAAAAUGGAGGAGCAGUGCAGAGAUCUUAAUAAGAGGCUCGAAAAGGAAACAUCACAGAGUAGAGACUUUAAACUUGAGGUUGAAAAACUCAAUAAAAGGAUUAUGGCUCUUGAAAAAUUAGAAGAUGCUUUCAACAAAAGCAAACAAGAAUGUUACUCUCUGAAAUGCAGUUUAGAAAAAGAAAAGAUGACGACAAAGCAGUUGUCUCAAGAACUGGAGAGUUUAAAAGUAAGGAUCAAAGAGCUAGAAGCCAUUGAAAGUCAGCUGGAAAAGACGGAGUUGACACUAAAAGAGGAUUUAACUAAACUGAAAACAUUAACUGUCAUGCUGGUAGAUGAAAGGAAAACAAUGAGUGAAAAAUUAAAGCAAACUGAAGAUAAGUUACAAGCUGUUGCUUCUCAGCUUCAAGUUGAGCAAAAUAAAGUGACAAUGGUUACUGAGAAGUUAAUUGAGGAAACUAAAAGGGCACUUAAGUCCAAAACCGAUGUGGAAGAAAAAAUGUACACUGUAACCAAGGAGAGAGAUGAUCUAAAAAACAAACUAAAAGCAGAAGAAGAAAAAGGAAAUGAACUCCUGUCCAAAGUUAGUAUGUUGAAAAAUAGACUUCAAUCACUGGAAGCAAUUGAGAAAGACUUUCUAAAAAACAAAUUAAAUCAAGAUUCUAGUAAGUCCACAGCAGCAUUACACCAAGAAAACAGUAAGAUUAAAGAGCUCUCUCAAGAAGUGGAAGGACUGAGACUCAAGUUAAAGGAUAUGAAAGCCAUUGAGGAUGACCUCAUGAAAACAGAAGAUGAGUACGAGACUCUAGAACGGAGGUAUGCUAAUGAACGAGACAAAGCUCAGUUUUUGUCUGAAGAGCUGGAACAUGUUAAAAUAGAACUUGCCAAGUACAAGUUAGCAGUAAAGACAGAAUCUAGCCACGAACAAUGGCUUUUUAAAAGGCUUCAAGAAGAAGAAGCGAAAUCAGGGCACCUCUCAAGAGAAGUGGAUGCACUCAAAGAAAAAAUUCAUGAAUAUAUGGCAACUGAGGACCUGAUAUGUCACCUCCAGGGAGAGCAUUCAGUUCUGCAAAAGAAACUCAAUCAACAAGAAAACAGGAACAGAGAUUUAGGAAGAGAGAUUGAAAACCUCACCAAAGAGUUAGGGCGGUACCGGCAUUUCAGUAAGAGCCUCCGGCCUAGUCUCAAUGGAAGAAUCAUCUCUGAACCUCAAGUAUUUUCUAAAGAAGUUCAAACGGAAGCAGUAGACAAUGAGCCACCCGAUUAUAAGAGUCUCAUUCCUCUGGAACGGGCAGUCAUCAAUGGUCAGUUGUAUGAGGAAAGUGAGGACCAGAAUGAGGACCCUAAUGAUGAGGAAUCCAUGCUGUCCGUCAAAUGCAACUCAUCUACUCCCUGUCCUGUUAACAGGAAGUUAUGGAUUCCUUGGAUGAAGUCCAAGGAGGGACAUCCUCAGAAUGGAAAAAUACAAACUAAACCUAAUGGCAACUUUGUGCAACCUGGAGAUCUAGUUCUGAGCCACACUCCUGGGCAGCCACUUCACAUAAAGGUUACUCCAGACCAUGUACAGAACACUGCCACUCUUGAAAUUACAAGUCCGACCACAGAAAGUCCUCACUCUUACACAAGCACUGCAGUGAUACCAAACUGUGGCACUCCAAAGCAAAGGAUAACUAUCCUCCAAAAUGCCUCCAUAACACCAGUGAAAUCCAAAAGCUCUGCCGAAGGCCUCGUGAAUUUAGAGCAAAGCAUGUCCCCAAUUACUAUGGCAACCUUUGCCAGAGCACAGACCCCAGAGUCUUGUGGUUCCAUAACUCCAGAAAGGACAAUGUCGCCUAUUCAGGUGUUGGCUGUGACUGGUUCAGCUAGCUCUCCUGAGCAGGGACGCUCCCCAGAGCCUAUAGAAAUCAGUGCCAAGCAUGCAAUUUUCAGAGUCUCCCCUGACCGGCAAUCAUCAUGGCAGUUUCAACGUUCAAACAGUAAUAGUUCAAGUGUGAUAACUACUGAGGAUAAUAAAAUCCACAUUCACUUAGGAAAUCCUUACAUGCAAGCUGUAACCAGCCCCAUGAGACCUGCCAGCCCUUCCACACCAUUGCAGGAUAACCGAACUCAAGGCUUACCUAAUGGGGCACUAAACAAAACAACCAGUAAAGUCACCAGCAGUAUUACUAUCACACCAACUGCCACACCUCUUCCUCGACAAUCACAAAUUACAAUCAAGGAUGUAUGCAAGCAGAGAAUCCCAACACGGAUCCCUAAAUCAAAAUCUACAGCCACCACUAAGCUUUCCCCUAAAGCUCCCCCAGGGCCUAUGGAUAAGCCUAUUUACCACCCUGGCUGUGGGAAGCUACACAUCAUAAGGACUAUCACCUCUAACACUUUCCUCCACAUUGGAGGGAAAAGGUAAGUCAUACCAGUACAGUGCCUGCAUACAGAAAUAUCUGGAAAGCUGAUAUUAUCAGUGCAGAAGGCCUAAGAAGAGCUCUCUCUCCAGAAAAUGGUGAAGCAGCAGAAUUACAGAUGGUUCCUUCAUAAGUUGCCAGACAUGAAAGAGCAGUGCAUCUACAAUUAUUUUACCUGUUUACGUGCAUAUACUUAUAUACACAAUCACAGGCCCAAAUACACACCUCAAAUCCUCCCAAUUUCUCAUCCUACUGUAAUCCAACUCACAACUGGACUAUCAUUAGCCUGGGAUAGAACUGAAUUCAUUAAAACAGUGCAAGUUUUCUGAUGAACUCAGAAGUAACCGUUCAUUCCACAGAACUUUACUGAAUACUUUACUGAAUCAUAGUUUGCUAAGAAGAUGUGUUAGUGAGAAUGCCUAAUCCGCUUCAAUAAAGUCAGAUUAUUUCCAUUAAAAUGACAGGACAAUUAAUCACAUCUCUUCCCUGAAUCAACCAUAUAAAAAAAAUCAGUUGAUUCAACAAAAACUUGGGAUCAGGAGACUCAAAUUCCAAUCCUAGCUUUUCACUUGUUUGACACUGAACUUAAUUUUCAUCAGUCUAGGCCUCAAGUUUCUCAUAUGUAAAACAGGAACACUGAAUAAUUCUUGAGGUCUCUUUCAGUUCUGAUAAACCAGAAGUAUGUCCAACUACAGAGUGUUGAAUUCAACCAGUCACCUCUAAGGCAGGACUUGGAUCCCUGGAAGUAACCUAAAAUAAUUCUUUUCAUCGCACUAAAAGCUCUCUGACUGAAUUAAGAGAAAGGUAUGUCUGUAAUUUAGUGUGGACAGAGAAAUACAAUGAUGUUUUAAGACAAAUACGGCAUUUUUGACAUGGGAGACAGGUAUAUUAGACAAAGCUUCAGUCAGGAAAAAAAAAUCCAUGACGAGCAUGACCCAACAUUCUUUGUGAUCCUGUACCAAGAACUGGAGGCCUGAUCUUUGAAGACAUCCUCAUGGCUAAGGACAGUGCUUUAGCCAGCUACCCUGGGAUGGAGUCAGCAGAGCAAGAGCAAAGGAAGGACCAGUCUUCACCCUCAUCUAGCCACGUCUGUUUCAGCACACUGAUGUCACUAUACAAAUAUUCCUGGGCCCACUCCAAUUUCAAGAAGGAGGAGAAGGAGCUGGAAGCUCGAUCAACAUUGGGCUGUGCAAGCCAAAGAGAGGGACAAUGUGCAGCAGUCCCAGCAGGCAUGUGGAGGAGGAGAAGGUGGGGAGGUUGGGUAAAUUAAAGGUCUGAAGUGGAAAAGUCUAAGUUAAAGGAGAGCUGUAAAAGAACAGUGGAAGGAAGUGGACUACAAAAGAAAGUGAUGAAACUCUGACACAAACAUAAUACAAGAGACAGUUCAGAGUGAAGUACAGGGCAGAAGCAGGCGGCUGGUGCAGUGAGAAAAUGUGUAGCGUGCUUAGGGCUGUGCCUGACAUAGGCAGGUAAUGUUAAGAGAACAGAGGAUGAGUGAAUGAGCUAACUAAGGACCAUUCAGUCAAGACAUUAAGUGGAAUAAUGUGCUAAGAGAUAGCAAUGGACAGGGUCAGGAAAAGUAGUUAUGCCAGGUGACAUUCACCAUGGUUAAUUAUGCUAACAGAAAAGAAAACACUGGAGCUCCUACAGUGAAAAACAAACAGACUGAAAAGAAGCAUAAAACAGGAAUAUAAGCACCAACAAUACUCCCACAAAAACAAAAUACCUGGGAACAUUUUACCUUAAAGAGAAACACAAAAUUUGUAUGUUGGAGAUUCCAAAAUUGGUUUCACCUAAGUCAGGAGACUCUCUAAAGUACAUUCUCAUGCCAAGAUGGCAUAGUUCAAGAGCAAACAAGAAAAUGGGGACAAGAUACUGUACAAAGUAUUAAAAAAAAAACAGUAGGAAUAUAGACAAAAGCCUUUAAAAUAACAAAGUCUAUUUUAACAAAAGGAUUAACAACCAAAAUCUAUGCUUCCUUUAAAGCAAUACAUACUACAAUAAAAAAAUGCAUAAAAAGCUUAGAACAGGGAAUACUAUUUGGAGUUCAACAGUGUUUGACCUACAACACAACCGAAACAUAAAGAAUCCUGCCUCUUGAGCAUAAUCCUGUUUCUGCAGAAAUGUGGCCCCUCUGAAGCACCAUGAAAAUAAAAGAAACUAUCCUAAUUAAA